GAAAAUAUUAACAAAAUGUUAUACUAAUGGACUGACUGACAAACCAUCAUUGUUAUCCCCUGAGCUACUAAAAUGGGUUCACUGAUAACCCCCAAGUUUGGUUACAACAUUAAAUAUACAGCAUUAAAUGGAGCUUAACACUGACACAGCCAAGUUUGCACACAUAGAUGUACUUAUUUGCACACUUACUGUAUGCUCAAUAGAUAACAUUCAAGCUGUCAGUGUGGGAUCAAUACCCGGUUUGAUAGUGCACACGUGCAUGCACGUGCACACACACACACACACACAGUUUUUGGUCCAGGUUUGCUUCCUGCCUCUCUUUUCUCCAAGUUCACAACUUUAACCUGUGACAGGGACAUUACUGUCUCACUCUGACAACAUGGAGCAGCUUAAUGUUUAGCCCACAUACACACACACACACACACACACACACACACUCACACACGCCCAGGGAAGCAUAGGGAUUACAAAGGCACAUUGAUCCAUAUGCUGCCUUGGGAUGGAGACGAGAAAACUAAGUACGAAGAAGCCUCACCAUAGCUAUGACCAAGGGACCAGUGCUGAAAAUGAAGCCCCAGCAGAACAACUCGGCAACAGCUCCAGUCGUCCUUUCUCUGUUUUAGUGCGUCUGUACGUGUAUGCACUGCAUGGCUGCCUAUGUGAGGUGGCCUUCACUGCUGUGUGGGACUGGUGCAGAACCCAAGACAGGAGGCUGGCAGGUCACAGCAGUCUAUGGGCUCUGCCUAUGUACGCCACAGCAAUCUAUCUCAUGGAGGGCCUGAGAGCGUGGCUGCUGGGUCAGCGUCAUCCACUGCCUGUGCGGCUAGCGGCCUACACUCUGUUCAUCUACCUGUGGGAGUUUAGCUGGGGGGCCGGGCUCAGGCUGCUCAGGGCCUGUCCCUGGGACUACUCAGGUUUUAAGUACAACCUGGGAGGAUUGGUGACUCUGGAGUACGCACUACCCUGGGCUGUGGCAGCGUUUAUAGCAGAGCAGCAUGUGAUCAGCAACACUCUGAGAAUAAGACUGCUCAACUGAGCUGGUAUCAGUGUGUUUCCAAAGACGACCACAAAACAUUGACGAUUUGUGGGAACUUCUUGUGCUUGUUAUUUUCAUGUAGUGACCAACUUUGCUGACCAUAUUUUAUAUAUUAUAUUACAAUAUUAAAAGAAAUGCAACAAG